GAAGAUUGUGUUUGGUGUCACUCUCAUUGCUGAAAUCAUUAUACAUCAAACCAUAAGAGAUUCUUCACAAAUCCCAUCCAUCUUUCUCUCUUUAUAGGGAUUAUCGGUAGAGCAAUGAUUAGUUGAAGGUUCUUGUAGUCGUAUUUUAAAAGUCGUAACCUGUUCAUUUCUUGUAUCCUGGCGAUCAACGCAAUGAACCCUUCCAGGCCUCGUUCAGUAUAGUUGACUUCCAUUGUAAUCGUGCUAGGAAAUCAUACACAGCUCACAUAUAUCGAAGAUUUAAAACCUUUUAUAAACCGUGUUUACUCCAUUUUAUGAUUGGCAUGGACUGUAUCUUUCUUCUUCUGAUCAAUCAUGGAUAACGAGAACACCAAGUCCAGAAGGAGAAGGUUCCGACAGUGGUUCAAGAGGAAACACAAGAGACCCGACCCAUUUGACCUCGGUGAAGUUGCAGAUCGAGAUGAAGAUGACAGCAAUGAUUAUCCGGAUGAUGUUUUUGUUCAGGCGAUGGAGAACGAGACAUGCUUAAUAACCAAUGAACUAAGAGUCUUUGUAGGUACUUGGAAUGUUGCUGGAAGAUCUCCCGUAGGGAGUUUGGCAGUGGAUGUGGACGAAUGGUUGAACCUCAAGGAAGCUGCCGACAUUUAUGUUCUUGGAUUUCAAGAGAUUGUACCUUUAAAAGCGAGAAACGUAAUUGGAGCUGAAGACCCAACAGAAGCAACAAACUGGAACUUGCUAAUUGGCAAAACGCUCAAUGACAAAUAUGGGUGCCCUUGGUUAACACCAAUUUUGAAUCCUAUCACAAGUGACAGUUAUCACUAUGCAGGAGUUCGUGACUCUGAGAGAAGAGCAAGUGCUAGCGGCCGAACUUUAUCACCGACAAGAGAUCAGCCAUGUCGGUGUAGUAGGUACAAGCUCAUGGCAAGCAAGAAGAUGGUUGGAGUCUUCAUAACAGUCUGGAUGAAGAGGGAAUUGCUUAAGAGGUAUAGCGUAUCGAGUAUAAAAGUUUGUUCGGUGGCUUGUGGUAUCAUGGGCUAUUUGGGAAACAAAGGAUCAGUUUCAGUAACCAUGACAAUUGAAAAAACUAGUUUUUGCUUCAUUGCUGCACACUUGGCUUCUGGUGAGAAGAAAGGGGAUGAAGGGCGAAGGAAUCAUCAAGUCUUUGAGAUUUUUAGGCGAACUUCUUUCCCCCGAUUCCCACGAGAUGGAGAUAAUCUUCAUCCUCUAACCAUCUUAGGACACGAUCGGAUAUUCUGGUUUGGGGAUCUCAAUUAUAGGCUAUAUUUAGAAGACAACUUAGCCAGGCAACUGAUAAAGACUCAAGACUGGAGAGCACUUCAAGAGUUUGAUCAGUUACAAAGGGAACUAGAAUAUGGUGGAGCAUUCCAAGGUUGGAAAGAGGGAAACAUUGAGUUCGCUCCUACCUACAAGUAUUCUUCAUCAAAUUGCAACCGAUAUUCAGGUGGUUUUCCAAGCAGAGCGGGAGAGAAGCAACGAACUCCAGCAUGGUGUGACAGGAUUUUGUGGUAUGGUAAAGGAGUGAAGCAACAUUCCUAUUUCCGCAGUGAGAGCAAGUUCUCCGAUCAUCGGCCUGUCUCUGCUCUUUUCUUGACUCAAAUUGAUGUUGCUAAGUCUACAACACCAAGGGUUAUUCCUCUUCAACCCAUUAUUCCUCCUCCCAACCAAACUGUACAGGAUGAAACCAAUAAAGAGGAGGCUACAUCUACAUUGCUCUCAUUGAUUGUAAAGGAUAUAGAAGCAUCAUCAAGCCACAUGCAAAAGCUGUAGAGAUAUUUUUUUAGAAGUUGCUAAUGGAAUUUAAUUAGUUAUACUGCUACAGAGCGGGCAUACAGAGUAUAUUUUGCUGUAUUCUCCUCCCUUAAUGUGUGGCCCUCAUUUUUUUGCUCAUGAAUUACCCAUUUAAGUUAGAUUGGCAGUUGAUAA